AUGCCGGAAAACAGUGACAAUAAGAGACAAAACCAAAAACAGAAUAGGAGAAGAAAUCAAAACAAUGAUAGGCCUAGAACGGAAGGACCCAAACGGGAGGCAAUACUAGAUUUGAACAAGUACAAAGAUGAAGAGAUUAGAGUCAGGUUUGUUGGUGGACGACAAGUAACAGGGAUUCUCAAGGGAUACGAUCAAUUGAUGAAUUUAGUCUUGGAGGAUGUGAAGGAGCAACUUAGAGACCCAGAGCAUGAUGAUAGCACCAAAAGAGGGGAUUUUGUAUUUUAUUCUGAUCGUAUCAUUCGUCUCUUGGUUGAAGAAGGAUUGAACCAGUUGCCGGUCGAAGAAUGUAUUAUUGAAUGCCACGGAGGUUAUAAAUACACAGGGGCUAAGUUUUUGGGCAAGAUUUGUGGAGUAUCUAUAGUGAGAGCUGGUGAAUCUAUGGAAAUGGGGUUGAGAGAUUGCUGUCGAUCAGUCAGAAUAGGCAAAAUUUUGAUACAACGAGAUGAAGAAACUGCCUUGCCUAAAUUGUUUUAUGAAAAAUUACCCGAAGAUAUUAGCGAACGGUUUGUGUUUUUAUUGGAUCCAAUGUUGGCCACUGGAGGAUCAGCAAUGAUGGCAGUGGAGGUUUUGCUUGCGAGAGGAGCGAAGAUGGAGAGAAUAUUCUUUUUAAACUUGUUGGCAGCUCCCGAGGGAAUCAAAGCAUUCCAUGACAAGUUCCCUGAUGUAACAAUCAUAACUGGAGGGGUUGAUGAGAAGCUUGACGAUGAUAAAUACAUAGUCCCUGGCUUGGGCGAUUUCGGUGACAGAUACUAUUGUAUAUAA